AGACCAUUCACCAUUCGGCGUUUCCACUUUCCUAUCUCUUCGUUUAGGCCUUGGGGUUUUAUUUCAAGUUUCCAAAAUCGGACUUCUGUUGCCGGCGCGCACAACUCGAAGAGGAGAUUGGGAGAAGGAGAACUCCAGUCAGGCGACGGCGAGCACGAUUCAACUUUCUUCUCCCGUCUGGCGUGCUGCAACUGAAAGAGAAGUAGAGCACUGUACUGCCGCCAACGGCGAGUUCUUAUGAAGUGAUGGGUGGUAGAAGUUCUAAGCAUGUAAGUUCAAGACGAAGUUCGUCUAGUCGGUCAAACUCGCAGCAGGGGACCUACGGUUAUUAUCCGCAGUCGCCAUAUGCUCAAUCGAGAAGCACACCACAGCAUCUGUAUGCACCUCCAACUCCUAGCUAUGGUGGAACUCAGGCCCCUGAGUCAAGAAAGAGACUGGAAAGGAAGUAUUCAAGGAUAGAUGAUAACUAUAAUAGUUUAGAGCAGGUUACUGAGGCAUUGGCUCGUGCUGGCCUGGAGUCUUCAAAUCUUAUCGUCGGUAUAGAUUUCACGAAGAGCAAUGAGUGGACAGGUGCAAGAUCAUUUAACCGUAGAAGUUUGCAUCAUAUUGGAGAUGAGCAAAAUCCCUAUGAACAAGCAAUAGCAAUUAUUGGGCAAACAUUAUCAUCCUUUGAUGAGGAUAAUAUGAUUCCUUGCUUUGGUUUUGGAGAUGCAUCGACUCAUGACCAAGAGGUUUUCAGCUUUUAUCCCGACGAGCGAUUUUGUAAUGGAUUUGAAGAAGUGUUGGGUAGAUAUAGGGAGUUGGUGCCUCAUCUUCGACUUGCAGGACCAACAUCAUUUGCCCCAAUCAUCGAAAUGGCUAUCACAAUUGUCGAGCAAAGUGGUGGCCAAUACCAUGUAUUGGUAAUAAUAGCUGAUGGUCAGGUUACAAGAAGUGUUGAUACUGAGCGUGGACAGUUUAGCCCACAGGAAAAGAAAACCAUUGAAUCAAUUGUGAAAGCUAGUGAAUAUCCCCUGUCGAUUAUACUAGUCGGAGUAGGAGAUGGACCUUGGGACAUGAUGAGGGAAUUUGAUGACAAUAUCCCAGCUCGUGCCUUCGAUAACUUCCAAUUUGUGAAUUUCACAAAUAUAAUGUUGAAGAAUAUGGAUAGAGCCAGAAAGGAAACGGAAUUUGCUCUUGCUGCACUCAUGGAAAUACCCUCCCAGUAUAAAGCAACACUAGAGCUUGAUAUUUUGGGUGCCAGUAGAGGAAAGGAAAUCGACCGGGUUCCUCUUCCCCCUCCUCGUUAUGGACCUAGCACCCAAAAAACCUCCAACUCAAGCAGUUCUCGCCCAAUGCAACCCUCAUUUGGUGGAGUUGUUCCUGCCCAAACCGCACCUCCUCUAAGUUCGGUUUCUGAUGCCCAUGCUUGUCCCAUUUGCAUCUCCAAUGCAAAGGAUAUGGCUUUUGGUUGUGGACAUCAGACAUGUUGUGAAUGUGGACAGGAUCUUCAGCUAUGCCCCAUAUGUCGUAGCUUUAUCGACACUAGGAUAAAGCUUUAUUAGCUAAAACUAAAACCCUCUACUGAAUUCUUGCUCAUGUCACGAUAAAACUCCAGCGUCUUGCUUGAGUCAUCUAUGCAGCUCCUUUAUUGGGUAUGUUGAGCAAUAUAAUUUUGUAAAUAUUCAUAGUUUUUCCCUCCGAUUUUCAUUCAUGUUUUUCCUUGUCAUUCCAUAGAAUGUGUAUAAAUGAUCAAAUUCUUCAUGUAAACUAGUUUUGCAUUAUUCUGAAUGUAAUUAGAAUAUCUUUAGUGGGCUA